AUGGGAAAGCCAAAGGUUCUCACUGUCCUGUCCUCCCACGCAACCGGAUGGUACUUGCCCGAAUUUGCACACCCUUACGAAGUCUUGGCUCCCGAGACUGAGCUGGUCACCGUGUCACCAAAAGGUGGAGCAACCAUCGUUGAUCCAACCUCCAUCCAGUUGUACAAGGACGACGCAUACAGUAUUGAGUUCCUCAACACCAAGCAAAAGACCUGGACCGAGACCGAAAAGCUAGAGAAAUAUGUUGGCAGAGCCAAGGAAUUCGCUGCUAUCCUCUACGUCGGUGGCUUCGGACCCAUGUGGGACAUUGCCGAAGAUGCCACUUCCAUCAAACUCAUUCGCGAGUUUUAUGAUUCCGGUCUCAUCGUAGCGACUGUCUGCCACGGUUCCAUCGCCCUUGCGCACGUCAAGCUCGAUGAUGGUUCUUAUCUCAUUGAUGGAGAAAAGGUCACCGGAUUCAGUAACGAGGAGGUUGCGUCAUUCAACAGCAACUUCGAAGAGAUUCCGGUGCCAUACCAUUUGGAAGAUGCCCUUGAAAAGUCAAGCGGUGGGAACUAUGAGAAGGCUGGCGCCCCAUGGGAGUCAAAGGUUAUUGUUAGCUCCACCAAGAAGCUGAUCACUGGAGAGAACCCAGCGAGUGCCAAGCCGCUUGCAGUUGAGUUGUUGAAGAUGAUCAAGGCGUCUGCUUGA